AUGAAAAAGAUAUACGACAUCGACGCAAAUCUUCCAAAAGCGGUCAAGUAUAUGAACUUACUACUUAUUGGAGUAGCGGGUUCCGGGAAAUCUUCAUUUGUGAAUUCAUGUGCAACGGCUUUGCUAGAUGAUGGAAGACUGGUUCAAGCAUCUCUGGCCAUGAAAGCUGGAAUGGCUAGUGCUACACGAAUGCUUAAGCUAGCACCCUUGAGAAGAAAAGGAGGAGAUGUAAUACCUAUUCGCCUUUUUGAUACCAGGGGUAUAUUGAAAGAAGGUACCGAAGUAGUUGGAAAAGAAGAAAUGAAUUAUAUAAUCGAUGGUUACGUGAAACCAAACGCAAAAAUGACAUCCUUGUCUGAUAUGAAAGCUGAAAAAAAAAGUCAAAGAGAAACACCUAAGAUAGGAGAUGAGAUGCACUGUGUUGUUUAUGUAGUAAGGGCGGAUAAAAGCAUGGAUGAUAAAGAUCCUUGCCUGGGGGAAAUAGCUGGCAUUCGGGAGACAGUAGCUCAAAGAAACCUACCUCAAUGCGUUCUUAUAACAGCAAUAGACAAAAUUCUUCCAAAUGCAGAUGACGUUGGUGACAUGUUCCGGUAUUCAAUUGUACAGAAACUUUGUAAAUUUGUCUCUAACUCUCUUAAACUUUCACCGGGGAAUAUUUUUCCAACCGCUAAUUAUGUCAUUGAAGGGGUACCAGAUGCAGUAAAGGACGGUAUUUCCCUUUGUACUCUAUGGAAAAUUGUUAGCCUUGGAAUUGAUUAUCUGAAUCAGAUGGAAGGGAUUGGUGAUAACAUUCCUGAUGAUUUUUUCGAUUAAGACUGAGUGACUUUGAUUGUUAAACUUUUGAAAUACAUCUGAAUGCACAAUGAUAUAAGACAUAUAUAAUCUCGACGAAGGA